AUGGCAUCCACAACCGAACUCGCAUCCUCCUUCAUCGAGGGUGCCCCGCCCGGCGAGCUCGCGGACGUUGUCGCAGACGUCAAGGCUCUCACCUCCGACGGUCCCGACAUCAUCCCCUCCCUCGCACCGGCCUUCGAGCGCUACAAUGAGACACAGUUGGCGACCUUGAAGCUUCCAGGCGCGAGCCAGGAGGUCCUGAUCAGCGAAUACAACAAGCUCGAGGGAAACCGUUACUUCGAUGUGGAAAGUCAGACGUCGUUUGAGGUGGACCAUGUCACGCAGGAAGCAUCGGCAGCACAGUCAUACGUUCUGGAGUCGCAGAAUGCGGAUUUGAUCAAAUCCCUCCUCAAGUCCCUCUCCGCACACGCCACCGAACACUACCGCACCUGCAGCUACGGCGUCUACCCGAUCGAGGACGACACCGCCGUGGCCAUUGUCCUCGUUGCGAACCGCUACUCGCCCAAUAACUUCUGGAACGGUCGCUUCCGCGCCAUUUACACCCUCCCCGUGAACUCUUCUUCGACCACCAUCUCCGGCCAAAUCAAGGUCGAUGUGCACUACUAUGAAGACGGCAACGUGGCCCUGAACACCAACAAGCCGGUGAACCUGUCGGUGCAAUCCGUGGAUGCCAGUUCCAUCAUCUCGCGCAUCGCGGCUGCGGAGCGGGAUUACCAGGAGGAGUUGAACCGGGCGUUUGUUAGCACGGCCGAGGGAGUAUUCAAGGGGCUGCGGAGACAGUUGCCGAUCACACGGCAGAAGGUUGAGUGGGAGAAGGUCGGAGGAUACCGGCUGGGACAGGAUAUUGCGGGAGGACGCACUGCAUACCCCCGCAUAUAUACCCUCAGAGCAAUAGAAAGAAACCAGAAUGUUAGACCAUUUAUACCGCUUUACACGCACCACUCCAGGUCUCGAAAAGACCCUUCGUCUGGUCCAAUCCCUCUGCGUGCUCGCCCUGCAAAUACCCACUCUGGAAAAUGUGUCCAUUUCACGAUUCAACACCGCCAAGACACAUCUUAUACUAAAGUGUGUGCAAAGUUACACGCAACAUCCAUCUACCCAAACCCCUACAACAAAGCCAUAUUAACAGAAGCAAAUAAAUUCUGGUUCUAUGCGCUGGGGUUCUCGAUUUUGGAAGCUGCUUAUGAUGUUACCUUUUCUUCGGCGUCAUCUGCGUCUAAGACGAAGAAUGAGAAGGAGAAGAAGAAGCAAUCUCCUUCCAUCAACCGCUUCUCGCUACUGAAAAAGAUGCUUUGUGUUGAUGCAUGUGAUCUGCUCAUUCCUGGUACCUUUUUGGGGUGGAUUGAGAUGGGACAGUUGGGGGUCGGGGUUGGGAUGGUGGUUAGUACCCUUGUUUCGGGGUGGGAUAUGUGGAAUGCUGUUUGA